AUGGAGGUUCAUGUAAUCCAGUCCAAGAACUUACACAUUUGGGACGUGCUGGUGCUGUUGGGCCUGGUGGGGUGCCCUGCCGCCCUGGGGGGCCUGUCUGGGGAGCUGCGUGUCACUGCCACAUGGGUGACGGUGCCGCGGCAGUUGAGCCCCCGGGCUGACACCAACCCCCUGGCCGUCUCCUACCGGCUGGAGGUGGAGAGGCGGCCACGGGUGCUGCGCCUGUGGCCUCGACGGGGCCUGGUCUCCCACCCCUUCACCUUGGUCACCUAUGGCAAGGAUGGGGCCCGCUGGCAGGAGCACCCCAUUGUGCAGGACAACUGCUUCUACCAGGGUGAGGUGCAGGGAAGCCCCGGCUCCCUGGUGGCCCUCAGCACCUGUGGCAGAGGCCUCCGUGGCGUGCUCUGGGUGGAGGGCAGAACCUACGAGAUUGAGCCCGUUCCCAAUGAUCCGGCCUACAGGCACAUCCUCUCCCACAUGGAGGCAGCCAGCGACCCUGCGGUCCCCACCUGCGGGCUGACCCCAGAGGAGCUGCAGCACCAAAAGGCUGUGCUGCCCUGGUUCAAGGCCCACCACAGAGCGGAGGAGGAGGAGCUGAAGGAGUGGUGGACACACACCAGGUACGUGAAGAUGGUAGUGGUCGUAGACAACGUGCGGUUUGUGAAGUCGGGCAGGAACGAAUCUGAAGUCUUGAGGCAAGUCAUAGAAAUCAUCAACAUUGGGGACUCUCUGUAUGAACAGCUUUCUGUUCGGCUUUUUCUUGUGGGAUUGGAGAUCUGGACCAAAGGCAACCUUAUAAACAUUACUAACUCUAUCAACAAGGUACUUGACAGCUUUAACAAAUGGCGAAGGUCGGACCUGUCUCUGCGGAUACGCCAUGAUGUUGCUCAGUUACUUGCAUUUCAGAACUUCGGAAGGUCUCUGGGAUUAGCAUUUCUAGGAUCCAUAUGUGACAACCAGUGGUCAUCAGCAGUUGCUUCCUUCACUAAUAGGAAGUUGUCCUCAGUUAUCACCACAUUUGUCCAUGAGCUGGGCCAUGUUCUUGGGAUGGACCACGAUGAACCAGGCUGUAAAUGCAGACGAAAGAAAUGCAUUAUGUGGGAAACUGAUGUCGACACCGAUGCGUUCAGUGACUGCAGUUACAAAGACUACUUUGACCUGCUUGCACAUGGUGCCAACUGCCUUCGUAGGCCACCAGCACCCGGCACUUUCUACACCACGAGGCGUGAGUACUGUGGGAAUAAGAUAGUAGAAAGAGGAGAGCAAUGUGACUGUGGUUCAGAAUCAGACUGCAGAAAGGAUCGCUGCUGUCACCCUGACUGUACACUUACUGCAGAUUCAGUAUGUGCUUCUGGAAAAUGCUGCAAGAGAUGUCAGGUUCUUCAAGCGGGCACGCUCUGCAGAGCAAGUACUGAUGAGUGUGACCUGCCAGAGUACUGCAAUGGGACUUCUCCUCAGUGCCCAGCAGAUGUGUACAUCCAGGAUGGAGCCCCUUGCAAAGGAGAUGCUUAUUGCUAUCGAGGAAAAUGUUCUUCCCUCAGUAAACAGUGCAAGAAACUCUUUGGCAAACAAGCCAAGGCCGCUCCUUUAGAUUGCUUCAAAGCAGUGAAUACUCGAGGUGACCGCUUUGGGAAUUGUGGUAUUCGUGACAAUAUCCAUUUUACUAAAUGCAAUAUUGAGAAUGUCUUAUGCGGUAGGAUCCAGUGUGUAAACAUACACAAACUGCCUUUCUUGCAGAACCAUGUAACGCUGGUCCAAACCCCUGUUGGCAAUAAGAAGUGCUGGGGUCUCGACUAUCACGUGGGGAUGCCGGUGGCUGAUGUGGGGGCUGUGGAAGAUGGCACGCCAUGUGGUAGUGGUAGGCUUUGUAUCAACAGGACAUGUACCAACAUCUCGGUGCUGAACUAUGACUGUAGUGUCACAAAGUGUCACGGCAGAGGAGUGUGUAACAAUCUUAAGAACUGCCACUGCAGGUAUGGCUGGGCUCCCCCGUACUGUGAAUGGGCAGGAUUCGGAGGGAGCGUUGAUAGUGGACCCGCUCCAGCCAGGAAUACUUUUCACAGGGGAAAAGCAAUAGUAGCACUACUUAGUAUUCUUUAUCUGUGUAUUUUUGGAAUAACCCUUACCAUAUGUUAUAAAAGGGAAAUAGUGGAAUGGCUUAGGAGGAAAAGGCCCAGUACCACAGAAGACAGCAGUUGUUUCAAAUGCUGGAAGUGCCAGCAGUUCCUCAAGUGA